UCCAUAUCCUUUAGAGGGUGGAAUUUUUUUUUUUUUAAGUAUUGGAAACGCUUUUACAGUCCACCGUCUUACAAACGUAUUUAUUUCUUAACUGUUAUACCAUGUUAUUCUCAUUCUGCAGCUGGGCGCGGGGCACCUCCUCAGCUGUUGCAUGCCGAUGUGUUGCUCAUCAGUUACUGCGCAUGAAGUGACUCUCGGCAAUCUCACAGUACGUGGGUCUUUCGAACCAGUGGCAUGCUGGAAUCUACCUACUGACAGAUGCCUCAGCUUAGCGAGCUGCCUGUCGGAAUGAAGAAGCUUUCCACCGUAUCUGAAGAGGCGAUUGUUGGUUUUUGAAGCCGGGUGAAAUGGACGACUGAUUAAAUGGCUGAAGGGUGACAACAGUUGCUGAACAUCCGUGGAAUCAGAAGACCAGUGAUUUGCUGAGAGAUUCACUGGAUCACAGACAGAUAAGUUAAAAAGUCUGGAUUGCACAUCCUUGCCAAUCUGUGGAGUACCUGCCAGAAUCAUGGAUUUAUCUAACCUCACUGUUACGGAUAAUCCCCUGGAUACAGGGGGUAAGAGCACUUCAGGCAAUAUUCUCCUCACCCUGACUCUGUCCGUGUUGGCGGUAAUGACCACCGGCAUCAACUCUCUGGUUAUUUCCGCCAUUGUCGUCACCCGGAAGCUUCACCAUCCCGCCAACUACCUGAUCUGCUCACUGGCAGUCACCGACCUCCUGGUGGCAAUCUUGGUGAUGCCCUUCAGCAUCGUUUACAUCUCCAAGGAGACCUGGAUCAUGGGGCGGGUGGUGUGCCACAUCUGGCUGGGUGUGGACGUCACCUGUUGCACCUGCUCCAUCCUGCACCUGGCAGCCAUUGCCGUGGACCGCUACCGGGCCAUCACGGACGCGGUGGAGUACUCGCGUAAGCGCACAUCCCGCCGGGCUGCCGUCAUGAUCGCGGCCGUUUGGCUCAUCUCUGUCCUCAUCUCGCUGCCCCCGCUGGUGUGGAGGAGCAGGGACGGGGAGUACGAGUGCAUCAUCCGGCACCACCAGGUGGCCUUCACCAUCUACUCCACCUUCGGCGCGUUCUACAUCCCGCUGGGCCUCAUCCUCAUCCUCUACUACAAGAUCUACCGCGCUGCUAAGACGCUCUACCACCGGAGGGGGACCAGCCGGCUUACCAAGCAAGAGACGAACGGGACCACCCUGCCCAUCUGCCCGGACCGAGAACAGCAGAGCCCGGACACUGUUAGCCCAAUGGAUAAGUCCUUCUCCGAGCACUCGACUGAAGGGGAUCGUCCCCGUGGCACCAUAAAGAGCUUGCCCAGCGAGUCCCGCCGGGAGAGGUCCUUCAAGGGCCCAUGGAUCUCCGUCCCCAGGGAAAAGCGGGCGGCGACCAUGCUGGGGCUCAUUCUGGGGGCCUUUGUGAUCUGCUGGCUGCCCUUCUUCCUCAAAGAGGUGAUUGUCAACGUCUGCGCUUCCUGUGGCGUCUCCGGGGCGACGGCCGACUUCCUGACCUGGCUUGGGUACCUCAACUCCCUGAUCAACCCCCUCAUUUACACUAUCUUCAACGAAGAUUUCAAAAAGGCCUUCAAGAAACUGGUCAAGUGCAGGCAUUACCUUUGAUUGACAGAGAUGCUGCAGUGCCAUGGUCCAAAUGCACUGGAUUAAUGAUUUGGAUGUAAAACAAUUGCAUUUGAUACAGUAUGCAUAAUCUACAUUACAGCAGGAGAAUCUGUGCGAUGGGGUAUGGGGCAAAAAGAAAACUGUUCAUUAAAUCCUUAAACAAAAUGAUCAAAAUAGCAACCAACUACAGGACCGGAUUCACCCGAAAAUUCCACAACUGGUGACGUCAGAUUAAUUGUCAAUUUAUUAAACCAAAAACCUUUCACAUUGGACUAAUAUUGUUAUGUCUACAUUUGCAGAGAAGACCACAACAGGUACCUUUUUGAAGUGUAUGCAGAAACGGAUUACAUGUUUCAAAUUCUACAGCAAAUUCCAGGAAACAGAAGCAGUGAAUGUUUUGAGUUGACUAAUAUUUGUUGGUCAUUAGACUUUCAGAUGAGAUCCAGUGCUGGAGCACUCUGCCGCCUCGCAAGGAUUACACCUAUCUCAUAUAAUACAGAUAUAUUGUGUGAACGUAACGCAUUUCCUGUUUAUUUAGGGGUUAUUUUUUAAGGUUUCUUUUUUAAAAAUAGGUAGGCCUAAUACAUAAAUGCAUAAACAAUUAUGUGGCUUGUAGACAGGCAUGGGCUGGUUACCGGUUUCACAGUUCUUGACAUUUAAAAAAAAUUACAGUGCUGAAACCACAGAAAUUUCUCCUUCACACUGUUCCAACAGUAUCAGAUUGUUAUUAUCAUUAUUAUUAUUAUGAAAUUGACUACUCACAAAGUGUAUCUAAUUUACUCGUAAUAUUCAGCACAGACAUGAGAUGAAUAUCUUUGGGCUGGACACAUUUCUGGCCAGGGAGGAUAUUGUCAAUAUAAUGAUCUAACUACUACCCUAUCAUCAAGUGAUCAGUUAGACAGGAAGAAAAGUGGAAGCAGACGUGAGGUAAGUUCAUGAGCACCCAAGGAACACAGAUUCAAUUUCUUGAAUAAACAUUGAAGAGAGAAUUAGGAGAAUCCCCAAAACUCCCUGAAGUCAGUGGUGUGGGAAAAUGUUGGUACCAAAUUGGCAUGGAUCAGAGGAAGGUCAUCUGACCUGUCAAAGGGAAAAUGGCUGCAAGGGCCAUUCACUUUUUCUUUAUUAACAAUGGGCCUCAUUCACCAACCAUUCUUAAGAAGAAUUUUCUUCUUAAAACCCACUUACGCAGUUUUCACGAAGAUUCUGACAUUCACCAGUGUUUUCUUAUUUGGGAUUUGCUCUUAGGAAAGAACCAAAUCUACACACACUCAAGAGCACACUUACGCACAUUUGACAUGUUUGUGUUGUUAUGGGGAUUGGCGGGGCGUUAUUUAUGUUAAUUAGGAACAACUGGCACGCGCUUUCAAUUCACGAGGACAAUGGGAUUCAUCAUUAUCAGAACACAGGUACGAACAAUUCUGCGGUUUAAGAACAUGUCAUGAAUCAGACAUAGACCUUUCUCAAGAACAAAUUUAAGAAAAAACUUAGGAAGAUAUUGGUGAAUGAGGCCCAAUAUUCUUAGCUAACUUUUCAUGCUAGUAAGUUAACAAAAUCAUACCUCAUUGGGCUUGUUCAGACACAAACCUACUGGUACUGUCAUGUGUGAAUGCUACCAACCCAAUAAAAUACCUGAUAGUCCUUUUUUUGGUGAACAAGUGAAGCCACUAUAAUGCCAAUGUUCUCACAAAUAAACCUACCAUGCAGGGCGACAUAUCCUUUGCAAACUUAAUUUUUUCCGCAUUCCUGUGCAACUGUCCCACAAAGGAUGUUUGUAAAUGGUAUGUUUUUUUCCCGUUACUUAAGUUUUAGUUUUUUUCUUGAGCAUUGCAGGUUCAAUGUGUAUAUACAAUGAGCUCCGCAAUGUUUGGGACAAAAACAUUUUUUAUUUCACUCUGUACUCACAAUUUUAGAUUUAUAAUCAAACAAGUCACAUGUGGUUAAAGUGCAGAUUCUCAGCUUUUUUAAAGGGCAUAUCAUAUAUUAUGGUUUCACCAUGUUCAGCUACUACUCAAUUACAGCACUUUUAAUACAUGGCUCCUCCAUUUUAGAGCACCAUAAUGUUUGGGACAAAUAGCUUUGCAGGGGUGUUUGAUUGGGUAGGUGUAUUCAAUUCCUUCCUUAGUGCAAGAAUAAGAGAGCUUUCAGUAUCUAGUUUUGUUUCUAGGCUUUGGAUUGCCUUUGGAGUCUGUUGUUGGCAUUUGUCACCAUUAGGAUCACCGUUGUGGCAAUGAAACUCAAAGAAGCCAUUAUGAGGCAGUGAAAUAUGAAAAUAAAACAGUCAGAGACAUAUGCCAAACCUUAGGUUUACCAAAAUCAACUGUUUGGAACACCAUUAAGAAGAAAGAGAGCACCGGUGUGCUCAUUAGGCCAAGCAAGAACUCUACAGUUUAUGACUGAAUAAUUCUCACCAUAACAAAGAAACACUUGUGUGACAGAUCAGAAGCACUCUUCAGAAGGCAGGCGUGGAUGUGUUAGUGACUAGUGUCCGCAGAAGACUUAACAAACCAAACUACGGAGGGUACAGAGGCUACACUAUAAGAUGCAAACCACUAGUUAGUCGCACGCAUAAACAAGACGGCCCGGUUACAGUUUGCUAAGAAGUAUCUAAAAUAGUUCUGGAAAAAAAAGUCUUGUGGACAGAUGAGACCAAGAUCCACUUGUAUCAGAGGGAUGGCAAGAGCAAAACGUGGAGGCCAAAGGAAAUGCCCAAGAUCCAAAGCACCCCCCGCUCAUCUGUGAAACAUGGUUGUGGGGGUGUUAUCGCAUGUAUGGCUACAACAUGUACUGCCUCACUUGUCUUCACUGAUGAUGUAACUGCUGAUAGGUGUUUGGAGGUUUUUCUUCAUUAUGGUGAAAAUUCUUUGGUCAUCACCUGUAGAGGUUUUCUGUGGCCUACCAGGCCCUUUGCAAUUACUGAGCUCAUCAGUGCUCUCUUUCUUCUUAAUGAUGUUCCAGACAGUUGGUUUUGGUAAGCCUACGGUUUUGCCUAUGUGUCUGACUGUUUAAUAUUUCUCAGCCUCAUAAUGGCUUUCUUGACAUUCAUUAGCGGAACUCCUGUCCUUAUGCUGACAAGUAGCAAUAACAGACUCCAAAGGCAAUCAAAAGCCUAGAAUCCUGACAAGAUACUUAAAGCUCUCUUAUACUUGUACUAAAGAAGCAAUUGAAAACACCUGACAAAUCAAAAACACUAUUUGUCCCAAACAUUAUUGUGCCCUGAAAUAAGGGGGGGGUUCAGAGCUGUCAUUUCUCAAUGGUGAUGUAUUAAAAUGCCCUUUAAUAAAAGCUGAGAAUCGGCUGGCGACUCCACAUGUAUCAGAGGAGGCAUGUGGUAGUCUAUACCCUCCCCAGACCGACAGAGGAUAGCGCAUCGACCAGGACUGUG